AUGAGAGAAGGUUGGACUAUACCGAAAGGUAGUUCAGCAGUGUUUCUCAUUUAUAAACUUCCUAGAAGCGCAAAAUAUUGGCCACGGCCAUUAGUAUUCGAUCCCGAUAGGUUCCUAUCGGGAAAGAAUUGUUUUACAUAUUUCUUUCUAUUUAGUUACGGUCGAAGAAAUUGCAUACGUCAACAUUUUGCUAUGCUAAAUAUGACAGUAAUCAUUGUUACGCUAAUAAGAAUAUUUCUGAUUAAAAUAGAUAAUCCAAUAGGAAUAGCAGUAAUAGGUUUAAAGAUGAGCCUCUCAUUAAAACCGUAUGAAAUAAGCGAUUGGACAAAAUAUGGACUACCAAACAAGCGAAAAACGCUGUCUUUACGUUGCGUCUAUAUAAGCUUGGAUUGA